AUGAGCUCUUCGCAGGCUCACCUGCUCCCGUUAAAGGAUGAUGGCUCACCUGAUGUCCCGGGAGGUUAUAUUUACCUCCCUUCUCCCACCGACUCAGGGUACAUCCUGCGAUUCAUCAUUGAGGGCACUAGCUCCAUCUGUCGCCAGGGCAGCUUGUGGGUGAACAUCCCCGAAGACAAGGCGUUUGACCGCCAGACGUUCCGUGAAUUUAGGUUGCAACCCAAUUUCAACGAGAACAUCCAAAUCGACAUUCCGAUCAAGGUUGCGGGCUCGUUCGCGUACUAUGCGACUUUCACCCCGCUCCCCAGCUUCUCGGUCGAAUCAGUGCCCACGUCUGAGCCUACGAAGACCCCGAUCCACUACAUUGACGUCUCGCCCCGCUUGACUCUACAGGGCAAGGAUCUACCACUCAAUGCCCUGUCCAUCUUCUCGGUCAUCUCGAAAUUUAUGGGUCAGUACCCUGUUGACUGGGACAAGCAUCUCCAUGGAAUCAGCCAACGGAACUACAAUAUGGUCCAUUUCACACCGCUCAUGGCACGCGGCGCAUCAAAUUCGCCGUACAGUAUCUUUGACCAGUUGACUUUUGACUCCGCAUUAUUCCCCAAUGGCGAGAGCGAUGUCGCAUCUCUGGUGUCUCGCAUGGAGAAGGAGUAUGGGUUGCUGACUUUAACCGACGUUGUCUGGAACCACACGGCGCAUAACAGCAAGUGGCUAGAGGAGCACCCAGAGGCCGGUUACAGUGUCGAGACCGCGCCUUGGCUUGAGUCCGCUUUGGAGUUAGACACUGCAUUGCUGAAGUUCAGCGAUGAUCUGGAAAGCCUCGGUUUACCCACUGAGUUCAAGUCAGUGGAUGACUUGGUCAUCGUUAUGAAUGCGCUCCGAAAACAAGUCAUUGACUCCCUGCGUCUGUGGGAAUACUAUGCCUUGGAUGUCAAGGCCAGCGCCAGUGAAAUCAAAGCUGCCUGGACGGAAGGUAAGGCUGAUCAGAGCAUCGUUCAAGGCGAUCUCCUCUCUGGUUUCCAGAAUAUGUCUCUUAAGGACCAAGCGCAACUUGUUCGUGAACAUGGAAUCCCAAAUUAUAAGCAAGUCCGCGGCCGCUUCGAGCGGAAAGUAGAUGCUUCGUUCGGUGCUGCUAUCUUGACUAUUCUGCAUGGCGACCAUGAUUUAAGCUCCUCUAACCUGGCAGAUGCAGAAGCAUCACUAGCCAAGUUACUCGAUGCCGUUAACUUGCCUCUAUACGAAGAGUACGAUACGGACCUGGCUGAUAUCCUCGAUCAACUUUUCAAUCGCACCAAAUAUCUCCGAAUCGAUGAUCACGGCCCAAAGCUCGGCCCUGUGACCAAGGAGAGCCCAUUGAUUGAGUCUUACUUCACUCGUCUCCCAAUAAACGAAGUCACGAAGAAGCACAAUCCCAAAGCCCUUGCCCUGGCGAACAAUGGCUGGAUCUGGAAUGCCGAUGCCAUGCGCGACAAUGCUGGACCGGAUUCGAAGGCUUACCUGCGUCGAGAAGUCAUUGUCUGGGGUGACUGUGUCAAGCUCCGAUACGGUAACUCACCAAAAGACUCGCCUUUCUUGUGGGAUUUCAUGACCAAGUAUACCCGGCUCAUGGCCAAAUACUUCUCGGGAUUCCGCAUUGACAACUGCCACUCUACCCCAUUAGUUGUCGCGGAAUAUUUGCUUGACGAAGCACGACAAGUGCGUCCGAACUUGACCGUUUUCGCGGAACUUUUCACAGGAUCCGAAGAGGCAGAUUACAUUUUUGUUAAGAGACUGGGUAUCAGCGCUCUCAUUCGAGAGGCUAUGCAGCCCUGGAGCACGGCUGAACUGAGUCGUCUGGUCCAUCGUCAUGGCGGCCGUCCGAUCGGUAGUUUCGAUGUAGAUCUACCCACUGCAGGCAGUAGCCAUGCUAUCGCUUCCGCUAAGGCUGGCGGCUCGAAAGAAAAUAUCACCCAUAUUCGUCCCACCCCUGUCCAGGCACUGUUCAUGGACUGCACUCAUGACAACGAGGUCCCUGCUCAAAAGCGUGACCCACGGGACACCCUACCCAAUGCCGCUCUGGUUGCCAUGUGCGCCUCAGCCAUUGGAAGUGUCAUGGGCUACGAUGAGGUGUAUCCGAAGCUUGUUGACUUGGUUCAUGAGACCCGACAGUACGAGUCGCCAUUCUCCGGUGAUCAGGAGCUUCAAAUUGGCGCCGGUGACGGGAUUGGCGGUGUGAAGAAGUUAUUGAAUCAGCUUCACACGAUGAUGGGAGUCGAGGGCUAUGACGAAACCCACAUUCACCACGAUGGGGAGUAUAUUACAGUCCAUCGAGUUCACCCAAAGACCAGAAAGGGAAUCUUCCUGAUCGCCCACACUGCGUUCCCCGGCAAUGAAAGUGGUGCUGGAUUGUCUCCGACACACAUCACAGGCACCCAAGCUAAGCAUCUCGGCUCUUGGGUCCUUGCUGUAGAUGCCGGUGAUGAUACAAAGUCAAAGGUUCUGAGUGAUGAAAAGCUCUUAAAGGGCCUUCCAAGCCAUACAAGGGAUGUCAAUGGUACCAAUAUCGAAGGCGAUAGUAAUGAUGUCACAAUCACCGUCCUUGAGAGCUUGGUUCCUGGCUCCAUCGCCCUAUUCGAAACGUGGAUCCCAAGUACUGAGCAUGCCGACGGUUUGGAAAACUUCAUCUCGAGCGGAGCUGACGAGGCCUUUUCAGAGCUGAGCCUUGUUGAUUUGAACUUUGUUCUCUAUCGAUGCGACGCAGAAGAGAGAGACUCUAGCGACGGAAGAGAUGGCGUGUACACCAUUCCCAACCACGGUCCACUUGUUUACGCUGGUCUUCAAGGCUGGUGGAGCGUUCUUGAAGAUAUCAUUAAGUAUAACCAGCUCGGACAUCCCUUGUGUGAUCAUCUCCGAGAUGGUCAAUGGGCACUAGAUUAUGUCGUCGGGCGCAUGGCCAAUCCAAGCGCCUGGCUGCGUGAGAAGUUUGAUGCCGUUAGGGGGUUGCCCAAUUUCCUCCUUCCCCGGUACUUCGCGAUAAUCGUGCAAGUUGCGUACAAUGCCGCCUGGAAAAGGGGUAUUCAUCAGCUGAGCGACAACGUACGCCACGGCCAGGAAUUCGUUCAUCAGCUUGCGAUGGUCAGUAUCCAGCAAACAGGAUAUGUCAACUCCGCCUCCCUGUGGCCGACGAAGCAGGUACCUAGUCUUGCCGCAGGGUUGCCCCAUUUCGCUGUUGACUGGGCGAGAUGCUGGGGUCGGGAUGUCUUCAUCUCGCUCCGUGGGCUUUUCCUCUGCACCGGCCGCUUUGAAGAGGCUAAGGAACAUAUCUUUGCUUUUGCCAGUGUGUUGAAACACGGUAUGAUACCAAACUUGUUGAGCAGUGGCAAACUUCCGAGGUACAAUUCCAGAGAUUCCGUAUGGUUCUUCUUGGAGACGAUCCAAGACUAUGUUAAGAUGGCUCCAAACGGGAUCGACCUGCUUAAAGAGAAGGUCCCGCGGCGUUUCCUUCCAUAUGACGACACCUGGUUCCCCCAUGAUGACCCCCGGGCUUAUUCUCAGUCUUCAACUAUUUUGGAAAUCAUCCAAGAAGUGUUCCAGAGACAUGCGCGGGGUAUGUCCUUCCGGGAGUACAAUGCUGGGCCUGCUCUCGACGUCCAGAUGAAGCCAGAAGGGUUUGACAUCGAGAUCAAAGUCGACUGGGAAACUGGAAUCAUCUUCGGUGGUAGCCAAUGGAACUGCGGUACCUGGCAAGACAAGAUGGGGGAAAGUGCCAAGGCCGGUAACAAAGGUUUCCCGGGACACCUAGAGAUGGGGCUGCUAUUGAGAUCACCGGACUCUUAUACACUACAACAAUCUAAGAUUUACCCGCACGAGGGCGUUGAAAUCGGCGAAGGAAAGUCGAUUACCUUCAAGGAUUGGGCUGACAAGCUCAAGAGUAACUUUGAACGGUGCUAUUUUGUCCCCGCUAACCCCAAGGAUGACAGCCAAUACGAUGUGGAUGCCAGCAUCAUCAACAGACGUGGAAUCUAUAAGGAUUUGUACAAGUCUGGAAAGCCCUUUGAGGAUUACCAGCUUCGGUCGAACUUCACCAUUGCUAUGGCAGUCGCACCAUCCCUUUUCACCCCGGAGAACGCUUUGAAGGCGUUGUCCAUCGCUGACGAGGCUAUUCUGGGACCUGUUGGGGUGGCAACCCUGGAUCCUUCGGACCUCAAUUAUCGCCCAUACUACGUUAACUCAGACGACUCUGAUGACUUUGCCACCGCAAAGGGCCGGAACUAUCAUCAAGGCCCCGAAUGGGUAUGGCCGCGCGGGUAUUUCCUUCGUGCUCUUCUACACUUUGACCUCAAGCGCCGUGAGACACCGGAGGGCCGUAUUGAGUCAUUCCAGCAGAUCACUCGCCGACUUGAUGGAUGCAAGAAAGCAUUGCGAGAAAGCCCAUGGAGAGGACUACAUGAACUCACAAACAAGAAUGGCGAAGAGUGUCGUGAUUCCUCUCCUACCCAGUCCUGGUCUGCUGGCUGUCUCUUGGAUCUCUACUACGAUGCCACCCAAGUUUCCUAA